AUGGACGGGGAGCUGGCCUCAUCAUGGAGGUCAGAGGCCCUCCUGUCCAGCCCAGGAGGAUCCAGGUCCAUCAGAACCAGGAACUGGGGGCCCCCUUUUCUGAUGGAGAUCCUCACUGAGCUCUGGGCUGGGGCCGAGGCCGAGACCGGCCCGCCGCCGAGGGGGGCGCGCUCCACCGCCUGCCAGGAGCACGCCGACCUCCACAGGCGCCUGGAUGUUGUGGAGAAGGUGCGGCUUUCCACUCUCGGCCUCCAAACCAUCAGCCCCGUACACAUAUGCCGCGCCUUCUGUCCCACGCAGGGGGUGGAGAACACGGUGGAGAAGUUGGAGGCGGAGCUGGCUGCUCUUCUGGAGGCCAUCGACGCCCCACAGUGGCGCCCCCUACUGGACAACAGGGGAGAGACAAUGGUGGACAUCCUGCAGGAUCCGGACCAGAGGCCCCGGUCCUGA